AUGGAAUACAACGUGACCACACCUGGUCACGAGGUGCAUCGUGUGGCUAUUCAGACAAUUGACAGGAUCCCUAGAUUUGACAACAGAUUACAACAAGCCACCAGAAGUUGCUCAACACCUUUCCACAAAGUGAAAAGACUACACCCUCCGCUCCAAGCUCUGGAUUGCAGUUCCCAGGGAUCAGAAUGUGCUAGUUGUAUCUCAAGCCAGGAACUCACACUGAUGGCAAAGUCAAUCUUCAAGCAAAGCAAAGCAGAACAUGAGCUGGCUGCUAGUUGGGCCAGAGACAGGAUACACUGUGACACAAGUGAGAAGAGGAGCAGAGAAAUAAACACACAAGGUCAACCGAAGGACUGUCAUACAGAAAGACAUCUGAUUGUGUUUCUGCAGCAGACAUCUCAGGGUGAUGAGGAGCUGAAGAAUGAAAUUAUUCCACAAAAGAAUGGGGUAACAGUAGGUCAUCCUGAGGAUUGUCCAGCAGUUUUUCAACCUCAGCACGGACGACUGCUGAAGGCCCGUCUUAAACCUCUGAGACCAGUCUAUAUUCAGGGGCCAACAGUAGCAGAGUGUAAAGGCAUGAUUCCAGAAAGGAUCCAGACUAGUUCAGGAUUAGAGAGCUUGAGCAUGCUACAGAAACAGUUAUUUGGGAAUACAUCUUUUCACAUGCUAAGCAUGGGGACAUCAAAAAGAAUACUCCAUACAUCCCUCAACUCACUGGAUAAUCAAGGAAAAAACCUCUGAUAUAAACAUGUGAUAUUUUAGAACUCUCUUCAAAUAUGCAUACAGGGAAAGUAAUAAUUUCCAACCUGAAACUCAAACGUAAAAGACUUCAUGUUUGUGGGGAGCAACUAUUUAUUAAAAGGGAUGUUAAACACUAAAUAAAUCAUUGCUUGAGUGAUGGAUUCAGAGCAAAGAUUAGCUUGAGAAUAAUCUGUACAUGUUUUUUUUUAAUCAUAUUAAUUAUUUAACAAUUGAAAAAAUUAUGGUAAAGAUAAUGUCCAUAAAUCAGUCUGCGCCGCCAUAUUGUAACUUAGGUUCCCUUUUCUGCUGAGGCCAAUUAGGAAUGGUUAUAAAUUGCUUACUUGAGAGUGCAACCAAUGACUGUGUGGUUUAAAGCUGUGUCUGCACUUUCAUGUUUAACAGGAAUUGUAAAGCCCACAAUAUUCAGAGUUAAAUUACAUAAAAGGAGAACAAAAUAAAAUAAUGAAACUAUAUUACAAACUUGUUUUACUACAUGUAAUUAAACAAUUUAUAUUAAUAUAUUCAGAUGUUUAAUGUCCCUUUAAAAUUUCGUGCUCUAUCUGAAUCAUGAAGGAAACAUUCUGGUUAGUGUCUAUUUAAUCCUAUACUGUUGCUUACCAUGUACGCUAUAAAAAUAAUUCAAACAGACACAUUUGGGGGCAUUUUCUCAUAUUUGAGUAUUUCUGCAAAGUAAUUUUCUAAUGGUCUGCUGAAAAAAAAAGACAAUGUAUAAUGUGUAUUGAUACCUCACAGAAUAAGUACCAAAAAGAUAUUAGACUAUAAUUAGAUUCAGGACGGGCAUAUGAAAUGUAUCACCAGCAAAGGAAUUAAUCCAAUUAUGUGCAUAUUUGUUCUACCUUUCUAUCUGUUUAUCUAUUAAUAAAUACAUGUUUGUCUUAUAUACCUUUUGCUAACUGCAUUGAAAUACAUUUAUCAAUGUUUUUAACAAACUACACAUAAAUAGGAUAAAAUAGUUAUGUGUUAACUUACUAAAACAAAAAUUGCUAUAUCUUAUAAUAAAGCACUCUGAAUUAGAAGUGUAAUGUCCCUUUAAA